AUGAUCCCGAGCCUGUCUGUGCUGCUGGCCAAUAAGUUUGCCGUGCUGUCCUGUGUCGAUGUGUGCGCGCACCACCUGAGCCUCCUUCCUCCUCGCCUCCUCCUCGGCCGUCCUAGUGCAGCACUUCACCUCCCUCCACACACCACCUGGCAGACUGCUCACUCUGCUCUCCUUUCCUUCCCUCUCUUCCCCGCUGUAAUCACCUGCAGCUUCCUUCCUCCUCGCCUCCUCCUCGGCCGUCCUAGUGCAGCACUUCACCUCCCUCCACACACCACCUGGCAGACUGCUCACUCUGCUCUCCUUUCCUUCCCUCUCUUCCCCGCUGUAAUCACCUGCAGCUUCCUUCCUCCUCGCCUCCUCCUCGGCCGUCCUAGUGCAGCACUUCACCUCCCUCCACACACCACCUGGCAGACUGCUCACUCUGCUCUCCUUUCCUUCCCUCUCUUCCCCGCUGUAAUCACCUGCAGCUUCCUUCCUCCUCGCCUCCUCCUCGGCCGUCCUAGUGCGGCACUUCACCUCCCUCCACACACCACCUGGCAGACUGCUCACUCUGCUCUCCUUUCCUUCCCUCUCUUCCCCGCUGUAAUCACCUGCAGCUUCCUUCCUCCUCGCCUCCUCCUCGGCCGUCCUAGUGCGGCACUUCACCUCCCUCCACACACCACCUGGCAGACUGCUCACUCUGCUCUCCUUUCCUUCCCUCUCUUCCCCGCUGUAAUCACCUGCAGCUUCCUUCCUCCUCGCCUCCUCCUCGGCCGUCCUAGUGCGGCACUUCACCUCCCUCCACACACCACCUGGCAGACUGCUCACUCUGCUCUCCUUUCCUUCCCUCUCUUCCCCGCUGUAAUCACCUGCAGCUUCCUUCCUCCUCGCCUCCUCCUCGGCCGUCCUAGUGCGGCACUUCACCUCCCUCCACACACCACCUGGCAGACUGCUCACUCUGCUCUCCUUUCCUUCCCUCUCUUCCCCGCUGUAAUCACCUGCAACCUCCUUCCUCCUCGCCUCCUCCUCGGCCGUCCUAGUGCAGCACUUCACCUCCCUCCACACACCACCUGGCAGACUGCUCACUCUGCUCUCCUUUCCUUCCCUCUCUUCCCCGCUGUAAUCACCUGCAACCUCCUUCCUCCUCGCCUCCUCCUCGGCCGUCCUAGUGCAGCACUUCACCUCCCUCCACACCACCUGGCAGACACCCGACUUCCUCUCUCUGCCCCUCGAGGCCCUGCAAGCGCUGCUGGGGUGGGGAGCGACGACGUGGGCGUGCAGGCAGAGGAGACUGUUCUGCAAGCCUGCACUGCACUGGCCUCCUUUCUCCUCGCUUCCUCCUCCGCCUUCCUAGUACAACAUUUCACCUCCCUCGACGCCACCUGGCAGACGCCCGACUUCCUCUCUCUGCCCCUCGAGGCCCUGCAAGCCCUGCUGGGGAGCGACGAUGUGGGGGUACAAGCAGAGGAGACUGUUCUUGAGGCUUGCCUGCACUGGGUGCGGCAUCACUGGCCUCAUGAUCUUUCCACACGCAAGGAGAUGCUGGGAAGGUUGGCAGGCAGCAUUCGCUUCCCAGCAAUGGCAACAGCAGCUCUGCACGCACUUAUAACCAUCACACCAGAAGCUGACACCCCCACCCUCCACGCCCUCAUCACAGAAGCGCUCUGGUUCAAGUGCUCCUCGUUUGAACGCCAGCAACAGCUCAUUCAAGACUCGCUGCAAUUGCAGCAGCAGCACAGGCGGUACCAGCGCCGCCGCCAGCUGUCCGUCUGUAGCGAGGUGCUGCUGCAGGACUGCUACAUGCUACAGCCGGGGCAGGCGAUCCUUCUAGCAGGAGGAACAUGGCUGCACGGGAAGCUCUUCUCUCUAAAGGUCAUGCGGGUGGCGGCGCCUGUUGGUGGAUCAGACUUCGGCCUCUUCCUCCAAGCCUCCCAGAGGAGUCCCACGCACGACAGGGUGUUGGACGACAGUGUGACCAUCGAGUUCACCUUCCUCGUGAAAGAACACCCCUCAGGCCAGUUCGUGCAGCAGAAGCAGACCGCCUCGCACACUUUCAAAGGGCUGUUUAGAGAGCGCGGUUACCGCAGCCUGCUGAACCCCUGGAGCGAGGUGGUGAGGGACAAUGGAAAGUAUUUCCGCGAUGGGGUGAUGCACCUCAGGGCGGACCUGAGGGUGCUGCAGCUGGGGGAGGGUCUAGCGCCGUUUGACUGA